AUGGUUUUAUGUUGUGUCGUUGGAACAGCUAAUUUGAAUGAUUCAUUUGCAGAAGAUGAAGAGAUCAAGAGGCCUUCUGUGUUGCAAAUUUCCAAAUUAUCCUCCUGUUACGGUAGUAUGAGUGCUUCCACUUCAACGGCGAUCCCACAUCAGCCGUCGUCGUCACCGUCAUCGUCGUUGUUAUUGUUGCAUAAAGGUGAUGGUGCUACCGACAAGGAAGCUGCUGAACCACCGUACGGUGUAACACAGGAAGAUUUUGAGUAA